UAUCAUCGCCAUGCCUCUCUCUCUCUCUCUCUCUCUCUCUGUGUUCUGCGUUCUGACGGGGAAUGCAAUGGGAGGCGGGUUGCCACCGUUCAUGGCCCCAAAAGCUGGUGGUCAUCCAUCGACGAAGACGAUGAUGGAGCCACAGAAUGCAGAACUAAAAAAUUCAAUGUGCGAUAAAAGCUCGAUGAUGUCAAUGUGGCUUAUAAAACACACUGUCCAGUUGCGGUGCGACUCCACAAUGUCGCGACGAGUGGACUCGGACUGCCACAACAACUCACUCCGAGUUGAACCGGUACUAACAGACACAAAACCGCCCGCCAAAAGCAACAAACCGCGAGGGCUCGCCAUCGAUUUCUACCAGACUACCGCGACGGGUUUCUCCCGGCCCCGCCUUUCCCUUUCCCUUUCCCUCCUCCUCGCUCUGGCGUCCCGAUCUCAGCCGCCACAUCCCCCUCCUAUACCCCCCUCGUUGUCCUCCUCAUCCGGCCGAUCCCCUCCUCUCGCCUGCUGCGGCGGGAUCGGCAGGAGCGAGUUCUCGACGGAUUUGCUGGCGUGGGAACCUCAUAUAUUGAUCUCCUCCGUCGUCGAAUGGGCUUCUCAGGUGUAUCAAUUUCAUAUCAUGAUUUAUCUAUCUCCUCCAUCGUGCUAUGCUGCUUCGAGAUGUGCAAAAACAUUUUGAUUGGCGUAUUCGAGAUCUGUGCACGUCAAAUCCUUUGGUCCCUCAGACAAUCCUACAAGAAAGAAAUCACGGCAAAUGUGCAGAAUAAUACGAGAUUCAUGGUUCACAAACAUGCGACCUCAGAAAUCCUUUGAUCGAUCCGAGAAACAUUCGAAUAGAGAGUUAGAUUUGGGUGCAGACACAUCAAAUCAGACAGGUUCAGAUUCGAACAUCUACUCAUUACAGAUAUCGAUAUCUAUUUUCGACUCGUCUGAAUCGAAACCAGAUAUAUUUUGAUGGGAUUUGAGACCGACUGAGAUUCAACUUUACGUUGGAUUUGACGAACUGAUCAACUUUGGCUACCUUUCAUCAGUUCACUUCAGAUAGUACAGACUGGCGAUCCGUUCAACAUCAGAGGCAUGAAUGGGGCCCGUACGUAGACCAAUUCCAACCAUGACAACUCCAAACACCGAGUGGGUUGCCUCUGCAUCAACUCUCACCCACCGUCCUGUAUGAUGGGUUCACUGAUCCACUCCAUCGGUCCCGUUCUUUCACAGAGAUGUCCAUGUCACUCAUCUUCCAUCAACAUCAAACAAGAACCCUCUCCAGGUAUGCGACCUGUCUCUACAUUCUUACAUUUAAAAGUUAAUACUUGUUAAUAUUUGAAUCGACUACUAGAGCAUCAGAACGAUGCAUAUCGGGAAUGAAUUUUUUUGCAGGUCAAUAGUAUUUUUAAUC